CCCCAGUCGUUCAUUUUGCAUGCUGCCCACGUCUGAGCUUAGAAAAGAGGUGUGAGCCUCAAAGCCUGUGCCGCCAGUUCCAGAGAGCUGGCGCUGAAGAGAAAGUGAGAGGAACAUAGGCGAAGAAAAUGGAGGUAGGCGGCGGAGUGAUAGAGACAUGGCUGAAGAAGCACCGUAUGCUUUACAUCCGCGCUACCAAACAUCCUUUGAUUCUCAGCAUUCGCGAUGGAACCAUCGACUUCUCAUCCUUCAAGCGAUGGCUGGGACAAGAUUACAUAUUUGUUAGGGCAUUUGUUCCAUUUUCCGCAAGUGUGUUGCUUAAAGCUUGUAAGGAGUCGGAUAAUAGUUCUGAUAUGGAAGUCAUAUUGGGUGGUAUGGCUUCUCUGAAUGAUGAGAUUGCUUGGUUCAAGAAAGAAGCCUCUAAGUGGGGACUUGAGCUAUCUACCAUUGUUCCUCAGAAGGUCAACCAGGAGUAUUGCAGAUUUCUGGAGAGCCUGAUGAGCCCGCAGGUCGAGUACACAGUAGCCAUCACAGCCUUUUGGGCCAUUGAAGCUGUUUAUCAAGAGGGCUUUGCCCUCUGCUUGCAAGAUGGCUCCAAAACUCCCCCUGAACUAAAAGAGACUUGCCAAAGAUGGGGCAACGAUGGCUUCGGUCAAUACUGCCGUUCUCUCCAAAACAUUGCAAACAGGCAUCUAGGGAAGGCCCCGCCAGAUGUAGUAGCAAGAGCUGAAGUGGCUUUACUACAGGUUCUCGAACUUGAAGUUGAAUUUUGGAACAUGAGUCAAGGCUAAACCUGAGUACUUUGUCUUUGUGCCAAAGACAUGGUAUAGAAUCUGAUUGCACAUGUGCUCUUAAGUAUAUAUAUAUAUAUAUAUGCUUUGCCUCUAGUCUCUCCGUAGUGAGCUUUUGCAGUGAAGUUCUUUUAACUGCUGAUGAAAAUGGUAUGUUUAUGACUUUGUGUAUGAAAGGGAGUAGUUUUACAUGUUGGAUGGCUUCUGAUAUAAAAAAGGAUUCAUCAAGUAUUAUAUCUUA